AUGACUGCAGGUGCUGGAUUCCAGGAAGAGGCGGACUCGGUCAGCCAAACCCUGGCAAAGCUGAACUCCAGCCUGGACACCCAGUACAGCCCAGCCUCAGGGGCGCCCCCUGGUGCCCCCAUAGAGCUGCUGCAGCAGCUGGAGGCAGAGAAGAAGCAGCUGGCUGUCGCUGAGAAGACCAUUAGGGACCUGCAGUGGCGUAGCCAACAGGUGGCCCCUCUGCAGCAGCGCAGGAACCCGCCCCAGCAGCCCCUGCAUGUGGACAGCAUCUGCGACUGGGACUCAGGAGAAGUGCAGCUGCAGCGGGGUGAGCGGUAUUUGCUGAUGGACAACACUGACCAGCACACCUGGGUCGUUCAAGGCCCAGGUGGGGAGACCAAACGUGCGCCAGCCGCCUGCUUCUGCAUCCCAGCUCCGGACCCUGAAGCCGUGGCCAUGGCCUCCAAGCUGGCCUCGGAGCUGCAGGGCCUGAAGCAGAAAUUGGGCACAGUCCAGAGCCACCUGAUGGCCAGUGCUGAGCGGCCCUUAAAGACUGGCCAGCAGGCUCCCACUGGCUCAGCCCCAGGAGACCCACAGGCCCAGAAGCUCCUGACACAGAUGACUCGGCUGGAUGGAGACCUGAAGCAGAUAGAGAAGCAGGUGCUGGCCUGGGCCCGGGCCCCGCUGAGCCGCACGACACCACUGGAGGACCUGGAGGGCCGCAUCCAAAGCCACAAGGGGACAGCCCAGCAGCUGCAGGGCCUGGGAGCAGAGAAGGAGGCGGCCCAGCAGGAGUGUGAGGCGUUUCUGUCCACCCGGCCUGGGGGCCCCACUGCCCUGCACCUGCCCCUGGCUCUCAACAGUGUCAAGAACAAGUACAGCGACGUGCUGGUUCUCUGCAACCUCUACGGGGAGAAAGCCCGAGCUGCCCUGGGCCUGGAGCGCCAGAUCCAGGACACGGACAGGGUCAUCCGAGGCUUCGAGUCCGCCAUGGCGCAGGAGGCCCCCAUCCCCGCUGGCCCGGGGGCGCUGCAGGACAGGGUCAGCGAGCUGCAGCGCCUGCGGAAGGAGCUGCUGGAACAGCAGGCCUGUGUGCUGGGGCUGCUCCGGGAGCUGAAGGCCACUGAGCAUGCAUGUAGCACCCUGCAGAACAACUUCCAGGAGUUCUGCCAAGACCUGCCUCGCCAGCAGCGCCAGGCGAGGGCCCUCACCGACCGCUACCAUGCUGUGGGGGACCAGCUGGACCUACGGGAGAAGAUGUUGCAAGAUGUCGGCCUCACCUACCAGCAGUUCAAGAACUGUACGGACAACUUGAGCUUCUGGCUGGAGCACCUGCCCCGCAACCAGGUGCGGCCCAGCGAUGGGCCCAGCCAGAUCGCCUACAAGCUGCAGGUGCAGAAGAGGCUGCAGCAGGAGGUCCAGGGCCGAGAGCAGGACAGGGCCAUGGUGUCCCGCCUCUCCCAGGACCUGCAGGCAGCUCUCCAGGACUACGAGCUGCAGGCGGACACCUACCGCUGCUCCCUGGAGACCACCCAGGCAGGCUCAGCCCCCAAGAGACCCCGCGUGGCUCCCCUGCAGGAGAGCAUCCAGGCGCAGGAGAAGAGGCUGACAAAGGCCUACACCGAGCUCGCAGCUGCACACCAGUGGCAGCUGCACCAGCUGGAAUUUGCCAGAAGGAUGCUGGAGAAGAAGGAGCUCAGUGAGGAUAUCCAGGUGACCCAUGACACACGGCAGGGGUCUGAGGGCCCAGCCAGAGCAGGGAGGGAGUCCGAGGCCCUGAAGUCCCAGCUGGAGGAGGAGAGGAAGCGGGUCGCACAGGUGCAACAGGAGCUGGAGGAGCAGAGGAACCAGCUGCUGCAGCUGAGGACACAGCGGCCCUUGGAGAGGCUGGAAGAGAAGGAAGUGGUGGAGUUCUACCGGGACCCCCAGCUGGAGAGCAGCCUGUCCAAGGUGAAGUCCCAGGUGGAGGAUGAAGGCAAGAAGCGGGCCGGCCUGCAGGCAGACCUGGAGGCGGUGGCCCAGAAGGUCGUCCAGCUGGAGAGCAAGAGGAGGGCCAUGCAGCCUCACCUGCUGACCAAGGAGGUCACCCAGAUCGAGAGGGACCCCGGCCUGAGUAGCGAGGCGGCCCAGCUCAGCGGCGAGAUCCAGCAUCUGCGAGGGGAGAACGCCACCGUCUCGGCCCGGCUAGAGGUGCUAAAGAAGGAGCUGCUGGCCCUGGAGCAGAAGGCGCCGAACGUGAAGGAGAAGGUCGUGGUGAAAGAAGUGGUCAAGGUGGAGAAGGACCUGGAAAUGCUGAAGGCAGCCCAGGCCCUGAGGCGGCAGUUGGAGGAGGACACGGGGCGGAGGAAGGCGGCGGCCGAGGCUGUGGCCAAGCUGCAGUCUCGCAUUGAAGACCUAGAGCGCGCGAUCAGCGCCGUGGAGCCCAAGGUGAUCGUGAAGGAGGUGAAGAAGGUGGAGCAGGACCCAGGCCUUCUCGAAGAGGCGUCCAGGCUGAGGAGCCUCCUGGCAGAGGCCAGGAGCAAGAACGUGACACUGACAUGGGAGCUGGAGGACCUGCGUGGCAAGUACAGCGUGGUGGAGAAGCAGAAGCCCAAGGUAGAGCUCCAGGAGUGUGUCCACGAGACCUUCCAGGUGGCUCCCGAGACGCAGCAGGAGAUGACGCGGCUCCGGGCCCAGCUGCAGGAGACGGCCAGCAAGAGGAGCCGCGUGGAGCAGGAGGUGGAGGGGCUGCUGCCCGACCUGGCUGCCCUCCGGGCCCAGAAGCCAGCGGUGGAGUACAAGGAGGUGACGCGGGAGGUGGUGAAGCACGAGAGGAGCCCCGAGGUGCUGCGGGAGAUCGACCGCCUGAAGGCCCAGCUCAACGAGCUGGUCAACGGCAGCGGGCGGGCCCAGGAACAGCUCAUCCGGCUGCGGGGGGAGCGCGAUGAGUGGAAGCGGGAGCGGUCCAAGGUGGAGACCAAGACGGUGAACAAGGAGGUGGUGCGCCACGAGAAGGACCCAGUCCUGGAGAAGGAGGCCGAGCGGCUGCGCCAGGAGGUGCGAGAAGCCGCCCGGAAGAGGCGGGCCGCCGAGGACGUGGUCCACGAGCUGCAGAAUAGGUACCUGCUGCUGGAGAGGAGGCGGCCUGAGGAGAAGGUGGUGGUGCAGGAGGUGGUGGUCACUCAGAAGGACCCGAAGCUCCGCGAGGACCACAGCCGGCUGAGCCGGAGCCUGGACGAGGAGGCGGGCCGCCGGCGGCAGCUGGAGCGGGAGGUGCAGCAGCUCCGGGCCGGCGUGCAGGAGAAGGAGAGCCUGCUUAGCUUCCAGGAGGACCGGAGCAAAAAGCUGGCCGUAGAGAGGGAGCUGCGGCAGCUGACCUUGAGGAUCCAGGAGCUCGAGAAGCGGCCUCCCGUGGUGCAAGAGAAGAUCAUCAUGGAGGAGGUGGUCAAGCUGGAGAAGGACCCGGCUCUGGAGAAGUCCACGGAAGCCCUGCGGCAGGACCUGGACCAGGAGAAGACCCAGGUAACAGAGUUGCAUCGGGAGUGCAAGAACCUGCAGGUCCAGAUCGAUGUCCUCCAGACCACCAAGUCGCAAGAGAAGACCAUCUACAAGGAAGUGAUCAGGGUGGAGAAGGACCGGGUGCUGGAGGGCGAGCGGUCCCGGGCGUGGGAGGUGCUUAACAGGGAGCGCUCGGCCCGGCAGAGCCGGGAGGAGGAGGUGCGUCACCUCCGGGAGCGGCUGGACAGGGCCGAAGCGCUGGGGAGGACCUGGGCCCGGGAGGAGGCUGAGCUCCAGAGGGCCCGGGACCAGGCGGACGAGGAGCGCAGGCAGCUGCAGCAGGAGCUGCGGGAGCUGGGGAGGCAGAAGCAACGGAAAGUGCUGCAGCUGCAAGAGGAGGCGCAGCUGCUCACCCAGAAGACAGAGAGCGAGCGGCAGAAGGCCGCUCAGCAGGGCCAGGAGCUCUCGCAGCUCGAGGCGGCCAUCCUCCGCGAGAAGGACCAGAUCUACGAGAAGGAGAGGACCCUCCGGGACCUCCACGCCAAGGUGAGCAGGGAGGAGCUCAACCAGGAGACCCAGACGCGAGAGACCAACCUUUCCACCAAGAUCUCCAUCCUCGAACCUGAGACAGGGAAGGACAUGUCCCCAUACGAGGCCUACAAGAAGGGCAUCAUCGACCGAGGCCAGUACCUCCAGCUCCAGGAGCUCGAGUGCGACUGGGAGGAGGUCACCACCUCGGGCCCCUGUGGCGAGGAGUCCGUGCUCCUGGACCGCAAGAGCGGGAGGCAGUACUCCAUCGAGGCCGCCCUGCGCUGCCGGCGCAUCUCCAAGGAGGAGUACCAUCUCUACAAGGACGGCCACCUCCCCAUCUCCGAGUUCGCGCUGCUCGUGGCCGGGGAGACCAAGCCCUGCUCCUCGCUCUCCAUUGGCUCCAUCAUCUCCAAGUCCCCGCUCGCCUCCCCAGCCCCCCAGGGCCCCGGCUGCUUCUCUCCCAGCGUCUCCUUCGGGCUCAGCGAUGACAGCUUCCCCAUCGCUGGCAUCUACGACACAACCACAGACAACAAAUGCACCGUCAAGACGGCCGUGGCCAAGAACAUGCUGGACCCCAUCACGGGGCAGAAGCUGCUGGAGGCCCAGGCGGCCACAGGGGGCAUCGUGGACCUCCUCAGCCGGGAGCGCUACUCCGUGCACAAGGCUGUGGAGAGGGGGCUGAUCGAGAACACUUCGACGCAGAGGCUGCUCAACGCCCAGAAGGCCUUCACUGGCAUUGAGGAUCCCGUCACCAAGAAGAGGCUGUCGGUGGGCGAGGCCGUCCAGAAGGGCUGGGUGCCGCAGGAGAGCAUGCUCCCCCACCUGCAGGUGCAGCACCUGACCGGGGGGCUCAUCCACCCCAAGAGGACCGGCCGCAUCCCCGUCCCUCAGGCCGCGCUCUCCGGAAUGAUCAGCGAAGAGCUGGCCCAGCUCCUGCAGGAUGAGUCCAGCUACGAGAAGGAUCUGACAGACCCCAUCUCCAAGGAACGGAUGAGCUACAAGGAGGCCAUGGGGCGCUGCCGGAGAGACCCCCUGAGCGGCCUGCUGCUGCUCCCGGCCGCGCUGGAGGGGUACCGCUGCUGCCGCCCCGUCUCCCCCCGGGUGCUGCGCUGACGCGGCCAAGUGGUCAUGGGGAGCGCGUGUGGGGGGCGGGCGGACGGCAGGCACCCCUCACCCCCAGAGCAGCCUAAUCCGAGGGGCAGGUCUUCCCUCUGUCUGACCGCGGUGCUAUUACUCAAAAGUUUGCGAUGGUGGACCCCCUCCCCUAACUCUGCUGCCCAGUCCAUCCCCCGACCCCGAGAUCAGCACAUCUGUUUUUCCUCCCCGCUCCCCCACCCAGUGCUUCCAAUAAACGAAUUCUCCCAGCGUCUAGUUUGAGUUUGGGAACACAGAA